GAAAGAGUGACAAGCUUCUCGAUUGAAGGUUGUCAGACCGGUCGACUGUUUGGUGAGAGCAGGGAUACUGUCUUUUUGUUCAAUCGGGAGAUGGAGCAGAACUGGAGUGGCUUUUUUGUUUCUUUCUGUUCUUUCGUGUUUCAAGAAGCUGAAAGCUUAAGAUCCAUUUGGAAAUAUGCAGGGCACUGUUACUGUGGUCUCAAUUCAUGGGAAUCGAUACAAGGAAAAAAUGGGAGAUUCAAUUAGUUGAUACUGGAAUUAGUCAACAUCGGCCUUAGUGCUUUGUGACAUCAGGACAUGUCGCAAUUCGACUGUUUAUAUCCAAAAUAAUGAUUUUUUCUUGUCAAUGAACGACAAUUGAUGCCGAGUACUUUUCCUUGGUCCUAACAGGAACUGUGCAGCGAUGGUUGAGGCUUAUCAGUCCAUUUCUUUAGAUAAGGAUUUCUAUAAUAAUGCUCAGCAUCAUAUGUGACAGAAUCAUUCAGCAGUCUAAUCGAUCUCAAACGUGAUUCGGGUAUUUCUUUUUGUGCUGGUUUUUACUGUAAACUCAAUCUCUGCUCGUGUAUACAUAACGACAGAGGAGAGAGGAUCGAGACGGUGCAUAUCAGAGAACAGAGGGAGAUAGGUGACGGAGGGCAGAGAAGACGGCCACUGUUGUUGUCAGGGCUCGCUACCUUCCCAAAACGGAGUGGCGCGCCUACCGCUACCCGCGCCGGCAAUGCUGCUGCGCCAUUCCCUACCCGGCCGCCCGGCCGGCUCCAUUUGACAUCGAACACCAUCCCAACUAUUUUUGGUUCUUACUUGUAUGUGUAUAUAUAGACAUCUCUGUUUCUUACAUCUGUCUGUCCAUGACGGCGGCUACAACAUCCUUUGGGGCUAAUUCAUGGCCCGUUUGACGGCGCUCUCAAACCGAUUUGGAUCAGCUUGUGCUCGAUUUGGGCUAAUUCUUGGCCUGUUGGGGGAUGCAAUCGAAUGUCAAGCCCAGGUUGGGGGUUACAACAUGGCGCUGUGGCUAACAGACCACCAUAAGACGCCGUCGUCUCAUCUGCAUCUGUCUUUGGGGCUUUGGUCGCGGAGGGUUGCAGCAACGCAUCCGUUCCACACACAUGUCUCCGAGCGACUCCUCCUUCAAGAUGAUUCUGGGGUCGUCCUCAAGGUCUCGCCGGCAGAUACUAUCCGAGAUGGGAUACGAGUUCAUCGUCCUGAGUGCAGAUAUCGACGAGAAGGAGAUUCGCAGGCACACGCCGGAGGAGCUGGUGAUGGUCUUGGCCGAAGCCAAGAUGCCAUAAUAUCGAAGCUGAGGAGCAGCGGUUUUAAAGAAGAGGAUGCCGAGCCGACCCUAUUGAUAACUGCUGACCAGGUUGUGGUCCAUGGUGGUAUGAUAAGAGAAAAGCCAAGCAGCGCAGAGGAAGCACGAGAAUUUAUCAAAGGUUAUUCUGCGGGGCAUGCAUCAACAGUUGGAUCUGUACUUGUUACCAAUUUGAAAACUGGGGUUAGAAAAGGAGGAUGUGAUAAAGCUGAGAUUUAUUUUCACAAAAUACCAGAUGAGGUCAUUGAUAGCUUGAUUGAGGAGGGUGAUGUGCUUUAUGUUGCUGGUGGGCUGAUGGUUGAACAUCCAUUAACUUCACCUUUUGUGGAGGCAAUAGUGGGGACAAUUGAUGGCGUUAUGGGGCUUCCUAAAGCUCUCACUCAAAGACUUAUUCACGAGGCCCUUCAGUCAGCAAUCUGAGGGUCUUGUCGCCAGUGGUCUAACUACAAUUUUGAUUUUGAUGGUGCUAGGGUAUCUAAUCAUCAGGAUUAGUUGAAGAUGAAGAUCAGAGGCCUGUUAAAUGAUUAACAGGAAAUCUGCCACAAGUAGCAUCAAAGAAUGACUAUUAAAUUAGAGACUGGUGCAGAUUUUUGUUAUUACCAUCUCAGUUAAUUAUAUUGACAUAUGUGGACUGUGUGCA